AUGUCCAGCAAACUAACAUUUAUGUCAUGGAAUUGUAGAGGGAUUAUGUCAAGUGUCCCAUAUUUAGUGGAGUGCUUGAAAAACCACAAUGUUGAUAUAUGUGCUUUACAGGAACAUUGGUUGCGUAGACACUGUGUAAAUGUACUCGAAAGUAUUGAUUCGACUUAUUCAUCAGUAAAUCCAAAAUGUGUUGAUGAUGACUACCCUGAAGCGUUUACAAUUCGCAUGGAAGGUGGUGUGACUUUUAUUGUUAAAUCUUCAAUUGUCAAAUAUGUUGAAAGUAUUGAUAUAGAGGACACACGCAUAACAGGAAUAGAAAUUCACACCAUUCACUCAGAGAAUAUAUAUUGUUUCUGCGUAUACUUACCUGCAUCGUCAAAGCCAUUCGAACAUUUUAGAAUUUACGUUGAGCGACUGUACGACAUAUACAUGAUAUACUCUCAGCUAGGUACGGUCAUCAUUCUUGGCGAUAUAAACGCCAAAGUAAAUGGACCGAGAUCAUUUAAUUCCGUUAAAGAUAAACGAUCAGUAACAUUUGCGAAAUUUUUGGACGAAUUGCGUCUUGUUUCCUUACAUUUACAAUCCUUUGGGGAAGGCAGUACAUUUACAUUUCAGUCGUAUGAAAGUGGUCCAUCUACUGCUAUAGACCAUAUUUUGAUAUCAAAGGAUAAUAUCAGUCUGAUUGAUUCGGCAAGAGUAUUAGACGACCAUUCGUUUAAUGUUUCGGAUCAUCAUCCAAUUAUAGCCAAGCUAAAAUUAGACAAUACAGUAAUUGCAGACACGGAAACAAUAAUAAAACAAUCUAAGGUAUCAUGGAAUAAGGCUCGAGAAAAGAACAAUUUGGAAGACUUCUCUUUUGCAACUUCACAGCAUCUUUGGGGAGUGGAGAUACCGAGUUUAGGAUGUCCCAAUUGUGAUAUAGAGUGUUAUUAUUCGAACAUCGUCGAUGCAAUACAACAAGCUGAAACAGAAACUUUACCACACAAAACUUUCGUAAAAUACCUUAAACCAUACUGGACUCAUCACGUAAAAGCGCUGCAUGAAAAUAUGGCUUCAAAACGCCAACAAUGGAUUUCUUGUAAUAGGCCAAGAGGUGAACACGUCAUAUUUCAAGAAUACAAAUCAGCCAAACGAAAUUUUCGACGGGAAUUACGAAAUGCAUAUCAAACGCAUAUGCAAGAAACAUAUAAUUCACUCGAAAAGGAUUUCGAUAUAGAUCAAAAACGUCUCUGGUCAUUUCUGAACAAAAAUAAAAAGUCUAAAAGCUGCUUAUCAAAACUAAUUGUAAAUGGAAGACAAUGUUCGACUCAGGAUGAUAUCUUAGAUGGAUGGGCAGAUCACUUCGAGUCAAUCUUCAAACAAAAUACCGAAUCAGAACCGGUUAGUGACAAGGAACGGGCUAUAACCAAGACUGUUGAGGUUGCUCACAAAGAUUUCAGAGGAAUAUUUUAUGAUAAUACUAAGCUACAUAUUACAGUUAACGAAGUGGAAAAGGUAUUGAAGUGCCUAAAAAUAAUAAAGCGUCUGGAUUGGAUAACAUCGAAUAUGAACAUCUGA